CAUACCUACUUCCUGCUUGUGUUCCUCAGAGUGCUGUAUGAGGGUAAGGAGCGUCUGAUCCAUGGCUGCGAGGUGAUCCAGGCCACGCCAUACGGCCGCUGCGCCAACGUCAACAACAGCUCGGCAACAUCGCAGCGCAUCUUCAUCACGCUGCGCCGAGCGCCGCCCGUCACGCCGCAGAACUCCCUCGCAGUGACCGACAUCUGCGUCAUCGUCACGAGCAAAGGAGAGACGCCGCCUCACACCUUCUGCAAAGUGGACAAGAACCUCAACUGUGGCAUGUGGGGCUCCAAUGUAUUCCUGUGUUACAAGAAGUCAGUGUCUGCAUCCAAUUCCAUCAGUUACAAAGCUGGUCUCAUUUUUCGUUACCCAGAAGAGGACUAUGAGUCGUUCCCUCUGUCAGAAUCUGUCCCUCUGUUCUGUUUGCCCAUGGGUGCAACAAUCGAGUGCUGGGCGCCAAACACACGAGAUCCUCUCCCCGUCUUCUCCACAUUUGUCUUAACCAUCUCUUCCGGGGAAAAGGUGUAUGGGUCAGCCAUCCAGUUCUACGAGCCUCAUCCCGUGGAUCAGCUGAGCGAGAAGCAGAAGAUCCAGCUGGGCUUGCUCACCACGGUGGAGAAGAAGAUGAUCCCUAACCGACCCGUAAACACCAACAAAUGCAUUUGCCUGCUCUCCCGCUGGCCCUUCUUCGAGUCCUUCCGCAAGUUCCUGAUGUUCCUCUACAAGCUCUCCGUCUCCGGCCCGCACCCUCUGCCCAUCGAAAAGCACAUCUCCCAUUUUAUGCACAACGUGUCGUUUCCUUCCCCUCAAAGGCCCAGAAUAUUAGUCCAGCUGUCGGCACAUGACACCUUGAUCCUGUCCCAGCCUGUGUGUACACCCCUACCUCUCAGUGGGGCAGAUUACGGCACUCUGCUGAUGAAUCUGGGCCCGGAGAACUGUGCCACGCUGCUGCACUUCAUCCUGCUGGAGAGUAAGAUCCUGCUGCACUCGCUGCGGCCCGCCGUGCUCACCGGGGUGGCCGAGGCUGUGGUGGCUAUGAUCUUCCCCUUCCAGUGGCAGUGUCCCUACAUCCCUCUGUGCCCGCUCUCUCUCGCCGGAGUCCUCAACGCUCCGUGUCCAUUCAUAGUGGGCGUGGACUCCCGCUACUUCGACCUUUACGACCCCCCUCCAGAUGUCGUCUGUGUAGAUCUGGACACCAACACCAUCUACCUGUCUGAUGAAAAGAGACACAGCAACUGGAAGAACCUCCCAAAGAAACCCUGCAAGAGUCUGGUUAACUCCCUGAGCAACUUGCACCACCAGCUGGCCACAGUGACAGUGGGUCAGACACCACAGGAUAACUCGGCGGUGGACAUGACUCCCAUCGAGGCGGACUUCACCUGGCACAAGAAGAAGACGGCGCUGGAGAUGGAGAUCCAGGAGAACUUCCUGCGCUUCAUGGCGUCCAUCUUGAAGGGCUACCGCUCCUACCUCAAACCCAUCACACAGGCGCCUUCUGUAAAAGCCACGGCUGCAGACUCCCUCUACGACCUGCAAGGAUUUCUCAAAAGUAGAGACCGGGCCCACCAUAAGUUCUACUCCCAGCUCACCAAGACGCAGAUCUUCAUCCGCUUCAUCGAGGAGUGCACCUUCGUCAGCGACAAGGACACCGGCCUCGCCUUUUUUGACGACUGCGUGGAGAAGCUUUUCCCCUCUGAUAAAAUCACCGACAAGGGCGCUAAGGUCGAAGGAGAGUCAUCUGAGGACACCAGACUGCUGGAGCUGGACGAGUCUCAGAAGAGUGAACACACUGUCUUUGUAAUGCCGGCGGAGCCUCCAGCUCACGAUGGAACUGAACCCUCCCCCAGAUACACAUAUAAAAGUUUCCCCAGGCUGCAGAUGGAGCUGUUCGACUGUCCUAUGGAGAUACGGCCCUCCAUCAGCAGCAGUGCGGCGGGGGCCAGUCUGUCCAGCAGCCCCGCCCUGCUGGCUAAGAGGACCAAGCAGGAGAUCAAGCUGGCGUACAAGAUGGCGAAGCACUUCUACUCCAACCCCCCGCGGUGGGCGCGCUGUCUCUUCAGUCACUGCUACAGCCUGUGGUUCAUCUGCCUGCCCGCUGCCGUCAGACUGUCCAAGUCCAAGAGCCGCGCCAUGCAGCAGGCCUACAACGUCCUCCUGAAGAUGAGGACCACCGAGGUGGAGGUGCUGGAUGAGGUGUGUUACAGAGUGAUGAUGCAGCUCUGCGGUAUUUGGGGUCUUCCCGUCAUGGCUGUGCGAGUCCUGGUGGAGAUGAAGAAAGCUGGAGUACAUCCGAACGCCAUCACUUAUGGAUACUACAACAAGGCCGUCUUAGAGAGCCCGUGGCCGAGCAGAAACCGAAGCGGUCUCUUCAUGUGGACCAAGCUUCGUAAUGUUGUUCGUGGAGUGGCCCAGUUCAAGAAAGCUCUCGACCCAAAAUCUGCCAAUAAGGGACCCAGUGCUACAGCUACAUCUCUAGGUGUGUCAGCGGUCACUGACGCGGACCGUUUGAGUCAUGGAAGUGCCGACAGCUCGAGUGAGGUCAACAGUGAAGAGCACAACCGCUUAGCCCACGGCACGGAAGACACAACAGACAAACACUGUAGUACAGGAAGGCAGUCUGAUCAAGGCUACGGCUCCAAGGAUGAUAUGCACCAGGAGCUGGCCGAGCCUUUACAAACAGCCCUCCUUUCCACUGAACAGAGAAACAAGUCCAAAGCACAGCCCAAUGGAGGUGACAUUGCCGGCAAAGUGGACAGUGCAAUCGCAGUAGCGGAGCCCCCCAGUCCUGUGGAUGUGCCCUCGCCUGUCCCCAGUAUUGUGAAGCUUUCCACAGGGAGCUUUGACAGUGGCAGGGAAGCAGGCACAGGGAAGCUGUUCAGGAGACGCAGCAAGAACGAUAAUGUGUCUCUCCCUGACGACGAGGCCUCGCUGCCUGCAGGAGACGCAGCUAACCAGCCUCAGCAGCAGCAGCAGCAGCAGCAGCGGCAGAAAUCCUUCGGCGAACGCAGCUGCAGCUUCAGCGUUGAAACGCGCGCUGGCAUGCUGCUGGAGCAAGGCGUGGACCACAUGGCUAGUCAGAUGGGCGCCGACGCUCGCAUCCUGGCUGCGGCGCUGUCUGCAUGCCCCAGUCCGCCCCCUAAUUCUGUGUCCAAAUCACUUUUUAAAGACUUGGAGGAAGAGCCUGAAGAAGAUCAGGUGGUGAUGAAGCUGCCAGAGGAAGAGGGGCAGGAAGAGGAGAAGGGAGAUGAUGAAGAGAUGGAGGGGGCGGAGUUAAAACUGGAGACACGGGAGAGGAAGCACACAGACACAAACGAGGAGGACCCCGGGCUGCGUGGGGCCACCCUGGACAGGGCCGACGUGCAGGUGGGCGCCGACCCGCUUUCCCUCCUUGUGACGGAGGUGGAAGAGUCGGCCUCCGUCACCAGCCAGGAGUCCCCCCGCUCCGUGCCCGCCGUGGUGUCCCGCAACCUGGCCGAGGAGAUCGAGAUGUACAUGAGCCUGAGGAGCCCCCUGGGCCCCAAGUCCUCCAGCAUGGAGCUCCAGCAGGCGCAGGGGGACUCCACAGACUCCCCCCAGCCCAAGCAGGCUCUGGAGCGCAGGUCCAGCCUCCCCGUGCCUCCCGUCAAAACUCCCACCGGCUCCCCAGGAGACACCCCCAAACGCAGCCCCAACACUGUGACCCGCUCCAAGACUUUCGCAGUGAAAACGAAGACCCCCGGCAGCGCGGUGGGUAGCCCCCGAUCAGCCUCACUGACGGCACUCGUCAAGUCCGCCCAGGGGGGCUCGUUGGGCUCCGUCAUCAACUCCAUAUCAGGUAUCAAGAUGGACAACCUGCUCACCGGACCUAAAAUCGACGUGUUGAAGUCCAGCAUGAAACAGGCGGCAAAUGUGGCCAGCAAAGUGUGGGGGGUCGUCGCUUCAGCUUACUCCUACUCAGACGACGAGGAUGAACAGGCUCAGGGCGGCGGGGGCUUCCCCUCUCACCUGGAUGAACAGAUGUUGGCUGCACAUGAUGUGGAUGACAGUCCUGAGAGAGGGGCCAUCCCGGGGCUGGUGGCCAACGGCCUCAACCAGAGCUGCACCAGCCUGGGCAGCAGCAGCGGCAGCAGCGACACGGGCCGCGGGACACACCUGACAUAUCAAACUCCAGGACGAGCUCGGGGUCCAGACUCUGAGCAGGUCUCCUCGCUUCACGCUUCCUCCUCCAGCAUCUACCAGAACUGUGCACUGGAGGUGCUGAUGUCCAGUUGCUCACAGUGUCGCUCCUGUGAAGCGCUGGUGUACGACGAGGAGAUCAUGGCGGGUUGGACGGCCGAUGACUCCAACCUGAACACCAACUGUCCCUUCUGCAGCACGGCCUUCCUUCCCUUACUGCAUGUGGAGUUUCAUGACUUGCGCACAAUGACAGGGUUCUACAUGAAUCCCAGUGCUUCAGGAGACAGUAUCCACAGCGGCAGCGCCCAGCCCACAGCCAGCAGCGCCGCCGAUAUAAAGGCUCCAGACCUCCUCUCUUUCCCUGAAGAGGAAGCUCGGGAGACUCCGGAUAAUCAGCCUGGAACACUUAAGAGUCUGGUUCCUGAGCCGCUGCAGUCGGACCCCUUAGGUCUCCUGGAGCACCAGGCGGCGGGAAAGCAGCGCAGAUGCAGCGGGACGUCUCUGACGCGCAGCAACAGUGUUGGGGGUCCUCUGCAGAGCCUGGACUACUCCCAGAGACCCGGACACGGCGUCUCCACCACCAGCCUGCCCUGCAGCCUGCAGGAGGUGUCGGAUGGCAUGGGGACUAAACGCCCGAACCCCAAGCCCGUGUCCGUCCCGUACCUGAGCCCCUUGGUGCUGCGCAAAGAGCUGGAGACGCUGCUUGAAAACGAGGGAGACCAGGUGAUCUACACCCACAAGUUCCUCAGCCAGCACCCCAUCAUCUUCUGGAACCUGGUUUGGUAUUUCCGUCGUUUAGACCUGCCCACUCACCUCCCUGGACUCAUCCUGACCUCUGAACACUGCAACAAAGGAGUGCAGCUGCCCUUGACAUCACUGUCCCAGGACAGUAAACAGGUUUACGUCCAGCUCCUGUGGGACAACAUCAACCUGCACCAGGACCACGGGGAGCCCCUCUACCAGCUCUGGAGGACCCUGUUGGAGAAGAAGGGGACGCUGGCCCCCACAGACCACCAGGAGAUUCGUACCCUCCUAAACACAAUUGUUCGUAGCAUUCAGACCAACGACGUGUACGGGCCGAUCAACCUGCUGAUCCGGGAGAUCAAACGGCGCCCAGAGGGAUUCAAACGGCAGAGGAGUAUCUAUAGAGAAAUAAUGUUCCUCUCACUGGUGGCUUUGGGGAAGGAGAACAUCGACGUAGAGGCCUUCGACAGAGAGUACCGCCUGGCGUACGAUGAACUGAGCGAGGAGCAGCUCAAGUCUCUGCACAUAAUCGACCAACCGCCCAGCCCCAACGUCCAGUGGUGCCUCAAAUGCUUCGGAGCCCCCGUUAUCUGAUCACAAAAAAACCUGACUGCAGCAGGGAGGAAAAUGAUUUUGUAUUUAAACCCCUCCAAUCGCAUAAAACACGGUACCUUUUCUUCUUCUUCUUCUUCUCCUUGUCUUGAAAGAUGCCAUUUCUUUCUUUUUUUACAACCUCUCUGGAGCUUUUCAUAGACUUUCCAAGCGGCUGCUUACAGGUGGGACUGUUUCUGUAAAAAGGCUCGGACACCUGCAGUGAAUCUUCUGGGACUAGUUGUGUUUCUUUACAGAUGGUGUAUAGAAUAAUGAAUCACUGUACAGAAUGUAUUGACUGCCUGUGUGGUGUAGACAUGUGUCUGUUUGUGUGUGUGUGUAUAAUCACGCUGUCCCGCUUUUUGCCCACUUUGCUUGAAUCUGUCCCCAGAUGAGUUCUGACGUUUGAGACUGUGUACAUACCAUGACUGUGCACUUUCUACCCACAAAAAAGAAAGCAAACCCAGGUCCACCCGUCUUUUUGUACAUAUUAUUUACUUGCAGGGGGGAAAUCUAAAACCAGGGUUGCCUAUUUUUUUUGAGAGGAAACAAGUCUUGAUGCCUUGACUUAUUGUGUCCUGAGUCUUAAUGAAUGUUAAAGUUUGUUUCAUUGCAAAUGCACAAGCUCUCUGUCCGUGUAAAUAUGCAUUGGAAGCACACAUGUAAAUGAGGUGGACUGAGGACAAUCACUAACAUUCUGCAACAUUCCAGAUGCCCUGCAAUCUAAACAGGUCUUAAAGAAGUAUUAUUGAUCUCUGCAACAACACUUGUGUGAUUAAAAGCAGCCGAUAGGAGGAAAUUAAACAGAGACAGAAAAGGCAUGCCACACUAUGGAUUGCCACACUUUAAAAUAGAUACUUGUUCUGGGAGCCUCAGUGAUGGAGCAUUUUCAGUUUUUAAUAUCUGAAUUUUUUUAACCGUAACAUACUUUACUUCUUCAGCUAACAUGCCUUAUUGUCAUGUUAAAUUCGAGCUGUGUCGGGGCUAUUCCUAACCCUAGCAUAGAACCAACCAAUGUUAAAUAAAUGUUUUAAUUGGCUAUUGUGUUAAAUAUGCUUUUAUGGUUUACACACAGUAGCUCAGAGCUUUAUAAUACUGCAAAGGGCUUCUUUAGGAAUGCUGACACUGUGUUAAGAGAGAAAUAAUUUCAAAACAUGACAUUCCACUAAGUGCCCGGAACUGUUGGAAAUGGAGAUGGUCCUAUUGUAGACUAGGGAGAGCGACUUGUACAGAAGUGAUUAAUAUAUGCACUGCAUAGAUUAAAACCUUGUUUAGACCCAGGGUGAGGAUGAGAUGACAUCACCUCAAAUAUUCACAAUUGACAGUAGUUUUUCCUCCAAAACAAAUGAAAUUCUCAAUUAUUUAUUUUUGUAUCAUUGACAUUUGGAUUGUAGAUGGUGUAACUUCAGAUUUGUAUGACUAACAAUCCCCCUUUCCCCUUUUUAAUCUGUUUAAGGGAUCCCUCCCUGUACGGACUUUGUAAAUGUGGCCUCCUAAUGGCAGAGGAUGUACAGAAGAGACUGUUCUCUAAUGAUAGAUUAAAUGAUCUCUUACCGUCCUGUGGAAAGGAAUUUAAUGUCUACCCUUAAGUGCGCUGCAAUAAAUGAGUUUGUGAACUGAUUGAAAAAUGAAA